GAGCAGGCCAGCUCGGAGCUUCUGUUUCCUUCACGCGCCCGCCCGCCCGCUCCUUCCUCUCCGCGUCCGCCUCAAACUCGGCUCCUCCUCCCCUCGAGCGGGAGCGGGAGAUUGGAUUGGAGCCAUUUUCACCCGACCGAGCGAGGGAGCGAGCGUCGGGCCGCAGAGGCGGGCGCCGCGCUGAGCAGCCUGAGAGCUGUUCGCAAAGUAAACAGCAUUAUCUCCGCUGUGCAGUAGAGGAAACUGAGGCACGGACAGGACUUGCCCAGGGCCUCACUGCGAGUCAGUGGUAGAGCUGAGGAAAAGAAAGAUACUGAGCUCUGUUGAAGGCUGUUUUCAGGUUUUCAAACGUUCUGUUGCUUAGUGGGAAGAGACUUACUACUUACCUGUGAAAUAUUGUAUAGUAUAUUAACUUGUUCUCAAGAUGGAAACACCAUUGUUAGACAAAUCAACAUCACUGUGCAGUACUCCAAAGGACCGUGGGACACUAGCUCCUCAGAGCACCGGCUCAGGGAAAAAGCCAAUGAGCACAGCACUUAAGGAGCGAUUAAAGAAAGCAAGACGUUCAUUUAAUUCCAGUUUCACUGUGGCAAAACGCCUUAAAGUAGAUAUUGAAGAAAAAGAUUACAGUACUUCUGAAGAAGGGGCUCGAUUGGCAAAAGAAUCCUGUUCCAGAUUACAAAAUAGCUGUGAAAUCCUGGAGAAGAACUGUGCUGCAAAUACAAGUUUGAAUAGUCCUGUAGAGGAGAGACAUUGGUGCAGACUUGUUCAGAAUUCUCCACACUCUGUGGUGUUGGGGGCUGACCUUAGUCAACAAGAACUACUGGAAGAAAAAUUAAGAUUGUUGAAGCAGGUCCAAGAGAAGGAAGAGCUGCUUCGAAGACUCAAACUGGUCAAGAUGUACAGAUCCAAGAAUAACCCAUCAGAAUUGCAAUCUUUGAUAACGAAAUGGAGAUGCAGCACUCAGUUGAUGCUUUAUGAACUCCAGUCAGCUUUGUCUACAGAUGGCAGCAAACUGAGCCUUACUCUGUUGAUAGACAAUUUUGGAUUAGAAGACAAGUUACUACACUACAGCAGAACAGAAGAAGACUUUACAGAUAUGUAAUUUACAAGUACAAAGGUUUCUGUUAUAAAAAAGAUUAAAUAUAAACUGAUAAACCAUCAUGAUAGUUUGUUUCAGUAGUGGAUUGUUGGAAUAGACUUUGCUUAUGUAUAUACUGUAAGAAGCAGUUAUUUUCUGGAAAGGAUUAUCUCUCAGGCAGAAACUUACUCAUUGAGAAAAUUGCCAUUAGUGGAUAUGAAAAUGAAAUCUAGUAAUAUUGUACUUAAACAGCGGGCUGCAUGUUGUCUGAUCAGUUUUACACUGUACCUUCUCUUGUUUGAUAUAUUGGGAUCAAGUUAACUGCUUUUUCUAGUUAUACUAAGAUGUUGAGGAAUUCAACACAUACAUAUUCUGAAAGUUUCUUCAAUUUGCCAGUCAAUUGAUGUGAGCUAUCUAAGGAUUAAGUUCAGGUGUAAUCACAUUGCAUAUUUUCAGUUACUGAAGCAAUAUUGAGUUUUUGUACAUGGCUUUAUCUUGUGAUACUAGAAGCAAUACAUAUUCUAUGUGCUUAACAAAAACAGAACUGUGUCUAAUGUAUUUAAAUGUCUGCAUUUAAUUUACCUUUCUGCAAUUAUUCUUCUUAAAUCCCAAAGCCAUUUCCCCCUUUA